AUGCUGAAGCCUACCAAACGGUUUGUAGAGAACGUAAAGUCCUGUGUUUAUCAAUUUGUCUGGAAGAAGAAGCGGCCAUUACUACGCAAAGAACUCAUAUUCCUACCCAAGUCCAGAGGUGGUCUUGCUGUUCUCAACCCUUCUCUCCAACAAUUGAUCCUCCAAAAACGCUGGCUCAAUUAUCUUGUUGAACCGCAGAAAUAUCCGUCCUUCCUGCGUCCCUUCAUGCUCUAUCACGUAUCACUGCUACCGGCGUCAUCAGAGUUUCCUUACUUGGCCUUCGUCGAUGCUGAAUACCGCAAGUCCUCCCUGAUACACAAGGAUCUUCCUAUUUGGCAUUCUAUCUUCGCCAUGUAUGACUAUUUUGAUUUCAGUGGACUUCAACAAGUGAAUUUCCUUCCGGUCCAGACCAUUCUGCAAUUGCCUUUGCACAAGCUUCUCAUAGGCCUCAGCGAUGAUCACUGGCUCCGGCGUCAUCCCAAAUUUCCAGCAAACAAGUUCCUAAUCUUUGAUAGCCAACAACAACGGCUGUGUCUUCGUGUUGCUUCUGAAUAUUCGAGCUGCUCGCUUCUUUGUGCCUCGCUCUAUCAAGAUAUUCUCAUGCUCAAAACCGUCAAACUGGUUCCUGGUGUGUGGCCUCACAUUCUGCAGCCUCCUUCCACCUCCACCUUAGAUUGGACGAGCUUUGAUUUCUUCAGCAAAUUGGGCACUAAAGACCUAUGGACUCAGUACCAUCCCGUAACCUUUCGUCAGCAGCAACAACAGUUGGUUCCGUCGGAUCAUCGUUUCAACAAUUCAAUGGUCAAGACAUUAUGGUCAGCACCUGCUCAUCCAGCGGCAAGAACGGUCCUCUAUCGGGCACUGUCGAAAUGCAUCCCUCAUAAAUCAUACUUGUACACAACUGGCACUGUGGAAAACUCUAUCUGUCCUUUUUGUGCCCUAGGCAUCGAUACAUUGCGACAUUUUCCUCGUUGA